GUUUUCUGUUUGUUUAUUUGAAAAACAAUAUCUGAAUACACAGGAGUGUACAAAAACAAGUGUAAUUUUGUUAUUUCACUUUUAUAAAUCAAUGUACUUGGAAUAUUUUGUCUAAAAACAAAUAAUCAUUUAGACGACACUCUUUUUUGUGUUUGUUGUUUGAUCUUUUUUUUCAUUAAAAAAAAAUAAAUUAUGCUGAAAUUUGUUAUAACAACAAAAGAAGAUCUUCAGGAGGCAGCGAAACUUGAAAAACGAAGGCAGUAUGAAGAGGAACGGAAGAAGCGUAUCUUCAAUGGAAAACAACGUCUUAUUGGUUUGGACCAUGAUGCACUAGAAAAACAGAUUGAAGAAAAAUCCAAACUUCAGAGUAUUGAAGACGAACGAGAACGCAAAUAUUUGGAACAGACCCAAAGACGAGCAAAUAUCUUAAGAGCCAAAGAAAUCGAACAACAAAGGGAAUCCAAAGCUAUUAAGACAGAUUUGAAUUAUUAUCGCUGUCGAUUUCAACGGAAAGAGUUAGCGCGUGAAUAUGAUUUAAAUAAUCCUUAUAGAAUCACGAAUGCCGAACCAGUUCGUAUAGCAGAUGAUGAUCCUAGAUUGGGAAUUUCAUCAGCUCAGAUAUUUCUUGGAGAAGAUUUGAAUGAAGCUGAUCGACGACAGGCUCAAAGAAAUCAGCAAAAAGCUUGGCUUGAACAACAAAUGAAGGAGCGAAAGCAGGCUGAAGAAGAUCGCAUCAAAGCAGAAAACAUCUUUCAAGAAUCUAUGAAGGCCAGGGAUCAACGAUUGUUGGAGAUGUCAAUGGCCGAACGUGAAAACCAAUAUAAAAUUAAAGAAUCUAUACGCCUCUAUAAUGAAAUGCUUGCACAUGAAAAGCAGGCAAACAAACGACUUAUUCAGCAACAAACCCAAGAAGAUAACUUGGCUGAAAUAUACAAUAUGCUCGGAAGUGACAUGCUGACAGAAAACCCAGAUGUGGCACAGAGUAAAAUCGCUUUGAAUAAGAAGAUCGCUUACAUGUACAAGGGUAUGACCCCGCAAGAGGCUGAGCUGUUUCGAGCUCAGCAGCAAGAACAGUUGGAACAGAAUAAGCAACGCAAAUACGAAGAAAAAUUGAAAGAAGCCAUUUGGGACCAACACGCGAUAAACACUUCUAGAGCGCUUACCUUAAAACAACUCGAACAACAAAGGAUAGAAAAAGCUCAAAAAGAGGAACAAUUCAGGGCCAACAAGGAAUUAGCUCAAGAACAAAGAGCCCGAAGGGAAUAUAUGAACAAAAUUGUCUUUAAAAACCAAACUUCUGACGAAUAUUGGGCACAAUUCAAUCGUACAACGCGUUAAAAUAAAUACACUUCUUAUUUCGAUAAAAUUUAUAAGCCUUUCAUAUACAUUUAUAAAAUACAUAUUGCUUUAACAAUAAAGAGAAACAAAAUUUAAUUAAGUCGUGUUUGUGGU